AUGGGCCGAAUCCAUAUACCUGUCGCUCUUGAAGAUCAAAUUUCUGACAGUGAUCGCUCGCGUGCUUCGACUGCAGAUCCGCACAUUGUUAUGGCAGAGCAGCGCACCCACGAUGUGGUAAACCAAGCACGGUCGGUGGGUGACGCCUCGCCUUCCGACGUCUCUGCGAGUAAGACCAUCGACUCGAACGCCACCGGGGGUGCAGUGGAGGUAAAUGUUAAAGCUACGAUAUCAAACGAGGAAGCUAGCCGUCAAGAACCUACUUCGAACGGACCACCAGCUGUUCAAGACAAUCCUAACUUGCAGGACGUUCCCUUUAUCAAACAUGCUGAUGAGGAUAGCGAGAGCUCGAUUGCUGGUAUUGGUUCAGAAUUCAAGCAAGUCGAGUCUUCCAACCCAUCUCGAGCCAACACCCCCUCAGUCGAUGGCGAGAAUAGAGGCCGACAAGGUGCCUUGGAUGGAAGCGGAGGGUCAGACACUGACACCAGUAAACCUGACGGAUUGCCAAAUGGAAAGCAUCAUACUCGAUCAGCGUCGGUCAAACGUCCAACCUCUUUCAAAUCUGUCUCAUCUGUCACGAAAAGUUUCUUGGCGAAAGCUGCGUCAGGCUCUGCUGCAGCUGCUAAGCUUAGUGGAGACCGCUCCCCAAGUAAUUCUAGCCUUUCCGCUGCUUCAAAUCAGCCGACGCCUCGGCCUCGACUGGUAGCAAAAUCUACUGGAGGCUUGCGAGACUCGCUCACUAGGUCUAGUUCUGCUGCAAGCACUCAUGGUAGUGGCGGGGCGCCGGACGGCAGCAAGGUGUGGAAUAAGAACAGACCUGUUCCUCCUCCGCCGCCGAAGCAAUUCACGGACGAGGAACUCAAGCAACAAUACGGUAUUCACCUCGCCACUCGGCUGCAAUCAGAUGACAAUGGAAAAGAAGGAAAGUGGGCAGACAUUGAUGAUGACGAGGACGAUUGGGCUCCCGAGGAAAUCGAAUGGAAUGACGGGACUAAGACCUCUCUCCACACGGAAGAUCAUUCUACUCCGCCUCCUGCCGCUCCAGAUUCGAAGGUCGAGCCUGAAAAAGCAGCGAUGCCCGCCCCCGAUCCCCCCAAGAGUAGCAGCUCCACUACAAAAGUCUUGAAACUAGGUGGUUCUGCUGAUACCGCACCUAAAUUCGGCGGCCUUGUUCUCAAAGGAGCGCCCGAGAAGCCCACUCUUGUUGCCAAGCCUACACCCCCAGCGCCCGUGAAAUCGCCAUGGGCUCCGCUCCCUCCGAUUGAUAAGAUUUCCCCGGUCGCGAUCGAUCACCGACCGCAAGAGAGCCAACUGCGUACUCAACGAGAGCAACGGGAAAACUUUCAAGAUUCUGUUCAUCCUCCGCAUCUACCCCCAGCCCGAGAAAUUGAGGCAGAUGAUUUCAAUCGUUCUUGGAGAGACGGCUACACAGGAAAUCGAGAGCUUUUCAAUUCGCAAUCUGGACGAUACGAGCCUGUUAACGACGUACGAAGGGGUUCAUUGCGACAUGAACAAGGUUUUCGACAGCCUGCUGUCUUGCAACGACCCCACCACCAUGAUCAAUCUGGACCUGCUGAGCCAUCAGCAGCUUUCCAAACUAGCCGGACAACCCACCAAGACAGCGCAUCGUGGGGACGUCGUCGUACUUCAUCGAAUGUGAGCGGGGGCAGUGGCGUGUAUGGAAGGCGAAUGUCGUUUGGCAGAGGCCCCGACGAGGCUUCGGCAGACAGACGACGAGGCUCACAGGUGGGAACCCUUAACACAACUGAGUCUGCACCUCAUCCUUCAGAUCGGCUUGCUGAACAAGGAUCCCAGUAUUUGUCACGUGGAUACUCCCCAACUCGGACGAACCAGCAUGCGCCCUGGCCUCAGCACUCCUCUCCGGUCCUUCACCAUGUUGCACCGGCUUCCCCUGAGGAUGCUGCGUCACAAACACCCUCACAGACCGACGAUAAACCUCAAGGGGCAGUGACUGUUACUGAGCUACCGCAGCAAGGUGCACAAGAUCCAGUUGCUGUACAACAGAAGAUCAUGAAGGAAAAGCGAGAGCUUGCAAUGAAACGCCGAAGAGAGGAAGAGGAGCGUGAGGAGGCCGCAAGGAGAGAGCGGAUAAGGCUUAAGAUGGAGUCACUGGGAAUGGCUCCGAUGGAAGGGAAACUUGCAAAAUCCAAAACUGCACAAGCUGAAGAAGUUCCUCAAUCAUCCGAACCUCCACACUCGCAACAUACUGAAGCACCUGCACAUGCAUCAUAUGCGGUAGCUAUAUCACCCCCAGCCGAUGUCUCUGCGCAUUCGAAAGAGAAGGAGAAAGCUGUUUCUCUUAACGAGCAUCUUCCAAAACCCCCAGUGCCUGAACAUUCUGGUGAGGUUAGGCAGUAUGGUCUCAUGAAGGUGCACCAGCCGCAGCCUGUUCGUAGGUCCAUGGCAGCGUCCGAGAGUCAGCAUUAUCUGCCUCAACGCAUUGGGACUACUACUGCUGCCGCUCCGCGGGCCCCUUCACCAUCGAAAGUAAUCGAACCGGGAGUCACUAAACCUGUGAAAUCAGACCCACCAACUGUACCUUCUCUUGCCCCUCAUCCCCAGGAUCGACCGCUCAGUUCGAGCCCACAGCAAGGAAGCCGGUCUGGAUAUCAAGAUUCCAAGGAACAGCUCUGGAAGACCAAGUCCCAAGGGGCUGAAUCUUACCCCGGAUGGACCGGGAGCAUGACGACUCACUCCGUGACUGGGAGCAAUUUGUGGGGCCCUCCCCAUAAUGACAAGGCUCUGGGCAACGGCACCUUUGAUCGAGGUCUUUCAACAGUGGCUCAGAGGCAUAUUACUCAACCGCAGCCGGUGUCUCCCCCUGUCCCUGGUCCUAUUGGGCCGCCUCCAGCGAUGAGAAAGCCUCUUUCGCCAUCUAAGCCAAUUACAAGUGAGUCUGAAGACGCACAACAAACUAUCUCCCCAGUCGGGAGAAGUCUUCCAGAACAACCAUCUCCGCAGCUGGUGCUUGCGAAUAGCACACCCGUUCCUCCUCUCUCCAGUUCCGUUGCCCGGCCCACUCCCAUCGGACCUCCUGUUGGGCCCUCGAACCGGACUUCUCAGAGUCGGGCGUCAGCGUUGUCUGCUUGGGCGAACUUACCAGCACAGCUGGCUCGGGAAGAUGCAGAGGCCAGGAGACGGGAUGAAGAACAACACUCUGCUCGCUUAGAAGAAGAAGCUCGAACAGGUGUAAAGAGAGAUGUACCCCAGCCUACAUUCAAAGAGACAUGGAGGCAAGUGCUUGUUGAUAAUAGUUCUGGACAGCGGCAAGUGGUUAGCUCAACAAAACAAGCCAACGAGGAGCAUCCUUUGAAAACAGAGAGCAAGCAUGGAACUAUCGAAAGCGCGAUAUUCCCCGUCCAACCGAGUGCGAGCUCCGGGUCUGGAUCAACUCCUAAUGCCGUCGCGGGGGGCCGCGGGUCCAGAUUUUUUCCUCAAGGAUCAUCCACCGCCCGCUCUACCAAUGCCAGUCUCUCUACGUUCCGCCCAGGCUCUCCACCACCUCCUGAAUCGUUUGGCCACCCGGCCUAUGCAGGUGAUGUGAACCGGCCUCUAGUUAGCUUGCCGAUUCCAAAACCCAUAGUGAAACUACCCCCACCAGCUGUUGUUCCAGCUACUUCUGUCGUAUCAACUUCGCUGCCAAAAUCUUCUGCCGCGAGACAGUCUUCAGAGUCGCUUCGUGUCGUACCUCAGCCGAUCGCUAGUACCUCCACCUGGCAGGACAGAUUCAAUGGCCUCUUUGAGAGGAAACCGGUAGAAUCAAAGUUUGUUCAGCUCAAACCUGCAGUCCCCGUUCCGCCGAAAUCCUAUGCACUUGCCGUCAAUUCAGCUAGCAAGGCGCCCUUAGAGGUUGCCAGCAACAGAACUCCGGCCACGGUAUCUCUUCCUAAGAAGGAAGUCGACGAUCACGCAUCUCACCUUGCCGCACUAAGGGUAGACUUCGGUGACUUCGUCUCCACGAAGCCAACGGAGGAAGCUUUGCUUGAGGAGAGGGAGUUCGGAUCCAUACCCAUCGUAAGGGUGCCUCUCAUGGCUCCUAGGAAUGCCUGGUCUCCCGCCAAGCCGCCCCAAACACGACCCCGAUCUCGGUUUCAAAAGUCGAUUCAAGUCCAAAGUAUUGAGCCUUUCUUACUCAAUAUCCACGAUAAGGAGAACCAAUCAUCUCAGGGGUAUUUCAUUUCAGUUCGCCUGCCUGGCGAAUCCACUACCAAGACGCAGAUAAUGCCAAGAGCUCAAGGAUCUCUGCGUGAGCCAAUUCGUUCAAGAAAUAGCUCUGCAGGAUAUAAAAAGAAGCCUUUGCGGGCAAAGGAAGGCUCUGGCAAUUCUCACGUGGGUAGAUCACGUCGACCCUCCUCGCAGCGAUCCACUCCUCCGACCGCUUCUCCGAAGCCUGGCUAUAAUAACUCCACUUGGGGUCGACGUGUAUCUGGUGUGAUGUCGUAA